AUGCUCAAUUCCAUGACUCGACUUCUUCAUGAGUCUGAAAAGAAAGAGUUGGAUAAUCUUAUGACGUUUCUCAAGAAAUCUACAGGAUUCUAUGGAGUAAUAGAGUUCGACAAUGAGCAAGUCCCGCUCUCACAUCCAGAAGAAAUCCAGAGCUGUCGGAGCCUAGUAGUAGUAACAUUAACUGUCGUUGCCCUUUCACUUCCUAAAACUGCAAGCUAUCAUGUGAAGGGAUUACUUGCUAGUACGAGGGAAGGUCUCCAGUUUGUAACACAUAUCGAAGAAAGCCUCAAUGCAAACGGUGAAUUGGUAAAGGCAAGAAAAGCAGCAAGACAGGUGUGGACCAACGUUGAAGUAUACUGCAGGUGGCUACAAAUUGAUCUUCAAAAUAAGGCUCGUAAAGGAAAAACGCCAAAGGAGAUUCUCCAAUGGUUGUGUGAUGAAGCAGCAAAAAUUGUGAUACAGUUCAAGACAAGGAAAAAUGUAAGUCUAGAUCACUCACUUUGUAAGUUCAUUGCUUAUCAUGAAGAUGCAAUAGAGAAAAGGGAAGAUAACGUCAGAACUACAGCUCAGCUUCUUGGUAGAUCCAUAAAGAUCCUGAAAAUGCUUAAAAACGCCAACUUCCCAACUUAUACAUGGAGUCGAUGGGGUACAUUGAUAAGUGGCAUGCAUUACCAAAGAGUCAGAUACCUAGUGGUUCAGUCAGGAUUCAUUCAGCUUCUUCAAGUUCUAAUGAAUCUUUGGUAG